AUGGUCGGCUCAUCAGCCCUCAAAGAGACUACAAAGCCUCGGCAAGAUGACGAUGGCAAGGAGAUGCUUCUCGAGAUAACGCCCCGCGCCGCGCAGAGGCUCUCCCAGAUCAUGAAAUCUAGCAAUGAUCCGGGCUUUGCCCUGAGGAUCAAGGUCCAAAGCGGCGGCUGCCACGGCUUCCAGUACCUCACCACCAAUGACUCCGUAGCCGACUUGUCCGGCCUAGAGGAAGACGAAUGUGUGUUUCGCUUCGUCGAGGACGAUGCCGCGGACGUUGACAAGUCCCUUGAUGGUCCCAAGAUCGUCAUCGAUGAGGCGUCUCUCAUGUCGCUGCAGGGAAGCAAGGUCGACUACAUCCAGGAACUUAUUGGGUCCAGGUUUGAGGUCACUGAUAAUCCCUUGGCGGAAAACAGCUGCGGAUGUGGCAGCAGCUUCAGCAUCAAGUUAUAG